GCGCAAAACAGGUUAUCCGCUCCUUCUACGGAUGAUAACUCUUAUUGUUAUAUCCAAGAUUUCAACUCUAAUUCAGAUAUAUAUCAGGUUACCACAUUUGUUUGUGCAGUAUUGGAACGAGUAAUUCCAGAGGAUUUUUGGGGUUGUAACGAUAAUAAACAAGUAAUAUUCCAAGCUGUAGAAAAGUUCAUCGCACUUAGAUCUUGUGAAGAACUCUCGUUACACUAUGUUUUAAAUAAAUUCAAAACUACACGGUGCAAGUGGCUUUUUGUGGAGGGCAACAAAAAUAACAAAGUCGAAGCUGGUAAAAGAUCCGAACUAUUAUAUGAAUUUAUUUGGUGGAUAUUUGAUUGUUUUGUUGUUCCACUACUUCAAACUAAUUUCUAUAUAACUACCAAUGCAAAAUACAAGAAUCAUGUGUUUUAUUACCGUAAAGAUAUCUGGUUACGGAUUGAAAAAUACAAUAUAGAAUCUUUGCCAGCAAGCACCUUUGAAGAAGUUCCUAAAGAAACUGAAAAACAGUUCUUAGAUAAUAGUAUUUUGGGAUAUUCUACUGUUCGGUUUCUUCCAAAAGGAUCGGAAGGAAUGAUGCGACGUAUUAUCAAUCUGAAUAAAGUGCAAAAUAAGGUGCACGGUGAAGAAAAUUCAAAGCGAUCUGUGAACGCAAUUCUACAAAAUACAUUUCAAGUCCUAAAAUUUGAAAAAACGGUAUUG